AUGUCAGCGAGAACGCAGCUUUCCAUUGCGCAAAAAUUGGGCUUAAUAGCUGCCUUUGCCUUUCGGAUCCCUCUAUCACUAAUAUUCAACGUUUUCAAGACCGCGAUUGGAGCUUCAGCUCGAGGAUUUCCGCUUCGCCCGAGCAUCCAGAAUGCGUGCGCAAGAGCAAUCAUGGAUUGCCUCCAUCCCGACCAGGUUCAGGCGAUUGCCCCCUCCACGACGCAAACGUACACAUCCUGGAUCCGUCGGAAUGCGGAGCGCACCGGAUUAUUCCACCGGAUCGACACACUGAAGGACGAGACAACUCACCUCCUCUGGCUUGGCCACAAGAAAUCCGAUAAGGUGAUACUAUUCUUUCACGGAGGAGGAUACGUGCUCCCACUUUCUGAUGGCCAUCUUGACUGGAUGGCACAUGUGAGGAAGAGCUGCUUGGAAGCCUCAUUGGAUGUCAGCGUUUGCAUAGUAGAGUACUGUGGAGACUCCGCCGGGGGCCACCUUUCCCUCUCGGUGCUCUCCGCGCUGAUGCACCCAUAUCCACACACCCCUUCCGCCGCUACCACCGCCCCCUCCUCCACAGUGGGUGAUCACUCCAGCCGUUUUCGAGGCUGUUUCCUCAUCUCGCCCCUUUUAUCCCUUGACCUCACCACACCGUCCUACCGCCAGCGCUUCAGCGUCGAUGUAUUAUCACCCUACGUGGUUCGCACAUUUGGAAAGUACCUCGUCGACCAGACUCCCUGGCACGGGGAGAUCUCGCAGGGUAAAGGAUGGGGGAUGGCGUUGGAUGUUCCGGGCAAAUGGUGGGAUAAUUUAGGGCUGGUGGUGGACGAGCUGCUUGUUACGGCGGGCCGGGAGGAGAUCUUCCGCGACCAUGUGGGCCAAUUUAUACAGCUGAUUCGGCAGCGAACCCUGGUUAACUUGGUCGCCCAUAUCGCAACGGACGAGGCUCAUGAUGCGCCCUUGAUGGAUUUCAUGGCGCGCCGACCACCCCGGGGCACUGCCGAGAUCGUCACGCGGUGGAUUGUGGAUGCUUUCCGGAGAGAAGAUUAA